AUGCGCGCUGCACGCGACGCCCCGCUGCUCCCGCUGCUGCUCCUGCUGAAGCCGCGGCUCCAGGUCACGGGCCUCGCGGAGCCGCCGCCCGCCGUGGUCCUUGCCAUCCUGGCCCGCAAUGCCGGGCACUCGCUACCCCACUACCUGGGCGCGCUGGAGCGGCUGGACUACCCCCGGGCCCGGCUGACCCUCUGGUGUGCCACGGACCACAACGUGGACAACACCACGGAGAUGCUGCAGGAGUGGCUGGCCGCUGUGGGCAAUGACUAUGCAGCCGUGGUCUGGAGGCCUGAGGGGGAGCCCAGGCCCUACCCAGACGAAGAGGGUCCCAAGCACUGGACCAAAGAAAGGCACCAGUUUCUGAUGGAGCUGAAGCAGGAAGCCCUGACCUUUGCCAGGGACUCGAGGGCAGACUAUAUCCUGUUUGCAGAUACAGACAACAUUCUGACCAACAACCAGACGCUGCGGCUUCUGAUUGAGCAGGGGCUGGCCGUGGUGGCCCCAAUGCUGGACUCGCAGACCUACUACUCCAAUUUCUGGUGCGGGAUUACGCCGCAGGGCUACUACCGCCGCACAGCUGAGUACUUCCCCACAAAGAACCGCCAGCGCCGGGGCUGCUUCCGGGUCCCCAUGGUCCACUCCACCUUCCUGGUAUCCCUGCUGGCGGAGGGGGCAGCCCAGCUCGCCUUCUACCCCCCUCACCCCAACUACACCUGGCCCUUUGACGACAUCAUCGUCUUCGCCUACUCCUGCCAGGCUGCGGGAGUCUCGGUCCACGUGUGCAACGAGCACCGCUAUGGGUACAUGAACGUCCCUGUGAAAUCCCACCAGGAGCUGGAGGACGAGAGGGUCAACUUCGUCCACCUGAUCCUGGAAGCACUCGUGGACGGGCCCCCUAUGUGGGCCUCGGCUCAUGUGUCCCGGCCCCCAAAGAAUCCCACCAGGAUGGGAUUUGAUGAGGUCUUUGUCAUCAGCCUGGCCCGCAGGCCUGACAGGCGUGAGCGCAUGCUGAGCUCGCUCUGGGAAAUGGAGAUCUCUGGGCGGGUGGUGGACGCUGUGGAUGGCCGGACCCUCAACAGCAGUGUCAUGAGGAGCCUCGGUGUGGACCUGCUCCCCGGCUACCAGGACCCCUACUCCGGCCGCACGCUGACCAAGGGCGAGGUGGGCUGCUUCCUGAGCCACUACGCCAUCUGGGAGGAGGUGGUUGCCAGGGGCCUGGCCCGGGUCGUGGUGUUCGAGGAUGACGUGCGCUUUGAGAGCAACUUCAAGGGGCGUUUGGAGAGGCUGAUGAAGGAGGUGGAGGCAGAGAAACUUCCCUGGGACCUGAUCUACCUCGGCCGGAAGCAGGUGAACCCUGAGGAGGAGGUGGCCGUGGAGGGGCUGCCGCGCCUGGUGGUGGCCGGGUACUCCUACUGGACGCUGGCGUAUGUCCUGAGCCUGGCCGGCGCCCGCAAGCUGCUGGCCUCCCAGCCGCUGCGCCGGAUGCUGCCCGUGGACGAGUUCUUGCCCAUCAUGUUUGAUCAGCACCCCAAUGAGCAGUACAAGGCACACUUCUGGCCUCGGGACCUGCAGGCCUUCUCCGCCCGACCCCUGCUCGCGGAGCCCACCCACUACGCGGGGGAUGCGGAGUGGCUCAGCGACACGGAGACCUCCUCACUCUGGGACGACGACAGCGGCCGCCUCAUCAGCUGGAGCGGCUCUCACAAGACCCUUCGUGACCCCCGCCUGGACCUGGCUGGCAGCAGUGGGCACAGCCUCCAUCCCCACCCCAGGGACGAGCUCUAGGUCCCGGGGUGACUCCAGGGGGUGCCCAGGAGAGGCCAGAGCUGUCCAGGGAGCAGAGUUGGAGAUUGCUGGCAGGAGCCGCCACCGGGAACCACAGACCCAGUGGAAACCAGCAGCCAUGGCCACUCUGCCCUCUGGCCCCAUCUGACAUGGGAGAAAUCAGAGAUGCCCUUGCCCGAGGUCACAGCGUGGAGGGCAGGGCUCACAGGCCCUCUCACCCCACCUGCCUGCCUCACGGCCGGCCUGGGGUGGAGGGACGUAGGGAGGCUCAAGCUGGGCAGACGCAGGGGCCCUGCCCUCCCUGAGGACCCAGCUGCUGGGGCCCCUCCUUCUACCUCCACCUCAGCUACCCCCACCCCCCAGCUCAAAGCCUGGGUCCCUAGCCAGUGGGAAGUGCAAGGUGGUGGGAGGAGGACCCAGCGACCAGUAGGCCCUCAAUAAAACUCAGCUGGUGUUUGCACUUGACAUUUUUU